AUGGAUCCAGCGUACCUAGUUCGACAAAAUGCUGAACAAUAUCGUGAUUUUGUCUCUUCGUUGGGAAACUUUGAGGCCGAGAUGAAGCAAAAAGAUUUAAAGGCAAAGACUACCAAAAUACAACCAGAGACACAUGUACCAGUACGUGGAUCUGCAACAACAUCUGGACGUUCAUCACCAAAAAAUACUCGAUUGGAUGCUCCUGCUGCGAUUGGAGGAAUGUCUGGUGUAAUAAAAGAGUCAUCUACAUCAUCCAGUCGUAUAAAAGGUGCUGAUUAUUCGGCAUGGGACAAGUUUGAUGCUGAUGCUGCAGUGGAAGAUGUAGACUAUCAAGUACCCAAGAGUAAGAGUGUGGAAACGCUAGUAGCUCAACCUGUAGUUGAUGCUCAGUCAAUGGAAAACGCACUACUUGAGAAGGAGAAGGGCAAUGCAUUCUUCAAGAAGGGAGAGUUCAAGAAGGCUGUAGUUUGUUACAACAAGAGUUUGCAGUUGGACAAUAAUUGUGUGGUCAUUGUGAAUCGAGCCAUGGCAUACCUCAAGCUUGGAAUGUACACUGAAGCAGAGCAAGAUUGCUCGAACGGACUCUCGCUAGACUCAAAGAAUGUCAAGGCUUUAUGGCGUCGAGGAAUGGCUCGAUUCGAGUUGGCGAAAUACGCUGAAGCAAAGCAAGAUCUGGAGAGAGCGCUGAUUCUGGAACCUGGCAACAAGUCUAUAAAGACUGAUCUCGACAAAUCAAUCCGGGCGUUAAACUUGACUUCUGGCAAGACAACACCUGCUGCUACUUUGUCGAAGGCCUCAACACCAAUAGUAAACAAGACGGCUUUAGUAGAUCCUAAACCGAAACCUAUUCGAAGACGUGUUCCCAUUGAAGAGAUUGGAGAGCCUAUGCAAGUGGCAGCAGCCCCUUACAAGGUGUCUAAAGCUAAACCUAAAGCCAGUACCGCUGCAAAGUCGAACACAAGCUCCAUACUACUAGAAACAACUCCAACCACGUCUAUGGUGCAAGAGAUACUAGCUGGACGUGAGGCAGAGCUCCUAGAGCCUAGUCGCCCUCUCUUUGCAACACCUGCUGCCACGCCAGAAUCUACCACCAAGAAGCCCAAGGAUAUACCCAAAACGACUCCAACCCCCGUCCAAGUAACUGCCAAACCAAUACUGAAAGAAGCAUCACCAGAACGUAAAUCAGCGCCACUUCCACCCUUGAAACCAGCAUCCGCUUCCCCCAAACCACUGAUUCAAGAAAUUUCACCAGCAGCUGUAGUCUCCAGUGUCAAUCAACCCAUAGUUGCACAGUCUGUAGUAGUAAACACCACCAUCCCAACAGUAAUACCAAAUUCAUACCCAACUCCCAAACUCCCUCCUCAAGGGCCACGUAAUCUACUUGAAUUCGAGCGAGAAUGGAAGGCUAUUAAGCAAGAUGCGCAGCGGGCGUCAGAAUUUUUGAGGAGCAUCAACCCUUCCUCUCUACCAAUCAUUUUCAAGAGUGGAUUGGAAUCGCUAUAUCUUAGUCGAAUGCUAGAAGUAGUAGCACAAACAUAUACAAAUGAAGAUGUAGGAUUUACAGCGUUGUAUGACUUUGUCUCCAAUCUGGCCAAAGUACCUCGAUUUCACAUGUUGCUCAUGUUUUUUACGAAGAACGACAAGCAAGCUGUGGAUGUGAUUUUCAGACAUCUGAGAGAGGGUGAAGCGCAAGGUGCUGUAUCGGAUAUUCCGUCUCUCGAAAAACUGUACAAAUGA